GGAUCGAGCACAUAUGAAGUUACACAAUAAGAUCUAUAUCGAGUAUAAUGCGUAGCUUGUAUACAGGAACAGGUGAUUAUCCACGAUUUCGAGACAGCUUUUUAAAAACAUUAACUAGAGCCGGGUGGUUAUUGUGGUGUAAACCUGUUGGUUCUUGUUUCAAAUCAGUGAUGUUUAAUGAAGUGCAAACCAAGCUACUUGACUGUGAAAUAAUAAGGAAAUAUCCUGGUAAUAAUUUAUUUAACGUAUUCUUUAUUUCUGGUUUUUUUUCUAAUGUGCAAACCAGUCUACUGUGAACUAAUGAGGGACAUAGUUGGUAAUAAUUUGUUAAUUGAUCAAUUUUGAUCACAGUUUGAUAAUACAUGUAAUUUGUUAAUUAAUUUCCGGUGUAUUAGUGUAAAACUGUGUUCACCUUGUGUUUUUCACUAAUUUUAAACAUCAAACUGUUUACAUGUUCUGUUCUGGUGUAAAUGUUCGUUAAUUGAAUGUCUUACAAGUCACAAGUAAUUAUGUUCAUGUUUUUAUUUGAUGCAAAGACAAAUAUUUGAUAUGAAUCUUGACCGACCAAAACAAAUGAAUACACAACAGAACAAUUUGUUCAUUUUGUAGAUUAUUCCUAUCAAGUUGUUCCCUUAAUAUUGAAUAUAAGACAUAUUUGAUAUAAGUUUUUACGAAUGAGUGGGGGUUGGGUGGCCGAAUGGUUAACGCGUUUCAUCAUCAGGUCUGUCAUUGAGCCAAGUUGUGUGGUUUCGAUCCUCCGCUUGUACGUUCCAAGGAGUAGGGUUGCCUUUCCAAGCUCGUGGGCUUUCUCCGGAUCCUCUGGUUUCUUCCCACUGCUAAAGACCCAUACGCGCAAGCGAUUUAUUGAAAUAAAAUUGAACCAUGUGUUAGUACCGAAAUGACCUAGUUUGUAUCGAAUUGACGUUAGAGUUAAACUGCAUUUCCCUCUCUCGUUUUUACCCACGACUGAUUGCAAACAACAAAUGGAUACACAACAUAACAAUUUGUUCGUUUUAUAUUCUGUUUCUGUCAAGCUGUUCUGUUACUCUACAUUCUAUAAACUACAAUUGUGUAUAAGUAUUAUAAUAUUAAGACAUAUUUGAUAUGAUUUUUUACCGACGAUUUAUAUCCAACAACAAAUGUGUACGCAACAUAACAAUUUGUUUUUGUUAUAGCCUGUUUCUAUCAAGCUGUUCUGUUAUUCUUCAUUUAAUUGACUACAAAUUGUUCCAUGUGUUUUUAUUAUUAUUCGCCAUUUUAAAUGUGACCCUGUUUGAUUAUAAAUAUAAACAAACUAAUCAUCAUUAUAUUAACUUUAUAAGAUUAUUUCUAGACGUUUAUUGUUGCUAUUCGAUUAUUAAUAGAAGAAUGUUGGGGUUAGCUAUUCUGUUCCUUGCUUUAAAAAUUUAUUUAAAACUAGGUUCUGGAUGGUAUACAAGGUUUCGGUAUAAAUAUGUAGGGAAAAUAUAUUAUUUGCAAUGGUACAUUCAGCAAUCACUUGCGCUUUUAAUUAGAAGAUAUGGUAUUUUACGAGUCUUACUUAAACUGUGUACUCUGAUAAAUAGUUAUUUGAAUAAAAAGACCUAUAUUCACGAUGUUUAUUAUAAUUGGUUUAAAUGUAAGUAUAAGUAUUUUAGAUGGGAAAAUUUAGUUAAGAAUUUGUUAUCUCAGAUGAUCAGUAUAACAAUAAUCCUGACCAUUUUGUAUUUAAUGAUAAGGAAUUCAACUUUUGUACAUAAUUUAGAGAAUAAUAUAAUCUAUAUAGAUACAUCAAAUCGAUUAAAAACUAAUCAUUCGGUAUUUAUGCGGUAUGUUGGAGAAGAUGUGAAAUUUGAAUGCAAAAUGGAAGUAGACAAAUCAUGUCAAUCAAAUGUAGUAUGGUUUCGAAAUGGUGGCAGUAUAAUUUCUGAUUCUAGACAUGUCAUAUCUUAUAAUUCUAGUAAUAUUGUUAAUAUCACAACAUUACAUAUAUAUAAAACGAUUUUAUAUUCCACAUUACAUGUAUAUAACAUCCAAGAUGUGGAUUAUGGUGUGUAUACGUGUAGAUUUUAUCAUUGUUUUCAACAAAAAGCAAUAAUUACGUAUUGGAACGAACACAAUGAUAACGAAGACUGGUGUUUGCGUGAUACGAAAGAGACAUUCCAUCUGGGUGAGAAACAAUUUGAAAAAAAAAAGCGUUACAAUUAUUCAUUCUAG